AUGGCUAGCGAGGUCGAGUUUUAUUAUGAUAUUGCUUGCCCAUUUUCCUAUUUAGCAGUUUCUGCUUUCCGUUCCAUACCCCGAGAAAAUCCGAUAAAAAUUCAAUGGAUGCCAAUUUAUUUAGACUCUAUUAAGGAUCGCGCCGGUGUUGGAUCACCUAUAGUUAAAGGUGAUUGUUCCGCAAAGAAAGUUUGGAUGGAAAGAGAUCUAAAAAUGAUGUGUGAACGAUAUAAUGUUCCAAUCAAUCGCUCUCCUCGAUAUGAAGAUCAAGAUGGUACACCGCAGAAGCUAUUAGCUUCUAUAGAUAAUAACGGGGACAGAGAAAAGCUAUCGUUGGCUUUAUUCUCUCACUAUUGGCUAAAAGAUUGUGAUAUUCAAGAUAGUAAGGUACUGGAGAAUAUUGCUAAGGAAGCAGGAUUGAGCUUAAAUGUACAGCAACAGAUAGCUAGAGGCGAAGAGCCGUUGAAAAAACUUAAUGAAGAAGCAAAUAAACUUGGUAUAUUUCGUGUACCAUGCUUUCGUGUCUCCCGCAAAAUAUAUUUUGGACCUGAUCGAUUACAUUUUGUAGAAAGAGAACUGGGCAAUAAUCAAGCCUCAGAAUUGAGACUAAGAUUACCAAGUUCAGCGACUCCUGGUCAUAGAGCUAAACUUACAUUUUAUUACGAUUUCGUGAGCCCAUGGAGUUAUAUAGCAGCCGUUGCGAUCGAACGUUUGGUAGAACAAUUAAAGCCUGUAACUGUAGAUGUAGAAUGGGUACCUGUGUCGCUACCAGGUUUAAUCCAAGCAAACAAAGCACCAGUUGAGGCAGCUCUGGAUGCUGCUAAUCCAGCUUUUUUAAAAGCCACCGGUAGAGACAUGCAAAUGCAAAUAGCGCUCCGCGGUGUUCAAGAGCUUUGGACAGCAGAUCGUGAUUUAAGUGAUGAUAAGGUAGUUGCUGAGGUUAUAGAAGAAGCUGGGUAUGACGCUAAAGACAUUCUAUCAAAAGCUGAAGAAGAUAAUAUCAAAGAUCAGUUUGCACAAAAUAUGUCUCGCGCCUUAAAAGCUGGAGCGUUCGGUGUACCCGCUUUUCAAGUCAACGACGGUACUCUAAUAUUUGGUCAGGAUCGCUUAAAUAUUGUAGCCGAUAUGCUUUGCGGAUGGAAUUGUAAUUUAUAA